AUGGAGGCGGAAGCUGGGCCGGUAAUGGAGGCGGACAUGGAGGCGGAGGUGGUUGGCGGUGGGCACGGGGGUGGUGCCGGUGGACACGGAGGUGGUGGCGGUGGCGACGGCGCACAACAAGCAGCCGCCCUCGUAGCUAUAAUAAAGAAGCUCUCCCGUAGUGGCGGACAUGGAGGAGGCGGACAUGGAGGAGGCGGCAGCUGGGCUGCUGGAGGAGGCGGACAUGGAGGAGGCGGCGGCGGUGGCUGGGCCCCUAGUGGAGGCGGCGGCGGCUGGGCCCCUAGUGGAGGCGGCGGCGGCGGCGGCUGGGCCCCUAGUGGAGGCGGAAAAUCCUAUAUCAUCAAGCGGGUCCAGAGCGGCGGUGGCGGCGGCCACGGCGGCGGUGGUGGUAAACUUAGUGGCCUUUUGAGUAGUCUAGGAAGUUUCGGCAGUAAAGGAGGUGGCGGCGGUGGCAAGAAAGGAGGCGGAGGAGGCGGGGGCGGCGGCCAUGGACACGGCGGUGGAAAGAAGUACAUUGUGAAGGUUCAAACUGCCGGUGGUGGUGGUGGUGGUCACGGAGGCGGUAGUUGGAACGGCGGGGGCGGUGGUUGGAACGCCGGGGGCGGCGGAUGGAACGGCGGGGGCGGUGGUCACGGAGGAGGCGGAAGUGGCGGUUGGUGA